AUGGCUGCCCUGACGAUAGACCCGGUGGAGCAGCCCCGGAUGUACCAGCAGACUCUGCUUCAGGACGGACUGUGUGACCUCUUGGAAAAUGACAAGUUUGUAGACUGUGUUCUUAAAAUCCAGGAAAAGGAGUUCCCCUGCCAUCGCCUGGUUCUGGCUGCCAGCAGCCCCUUCUUCAAGGCCAUGUUCCUGUCUGAUCUGGAGGAGAGUAAGAAGAGGGAGAUCGUCCUUAAAGAUGUAGAACCAGGGGUUAUGGGGAUGAUCCUGCGCUACUUGUACACCUCUGACAUUAAUCUAACAGAGCAGAACGUGCAGGACAUCUUCAUGGUAGCUAACAUGUACCAGAUCCCCUCUAUCUUCUCCGUAUGUGUGUCCUACCUCCAGGAGAAGCUGGUCCUGGGGAACUGUUUGGCGAUCUUCAGACUGGGACUCCUGCUGGAUUGUCCCCGGCUGGCUCUGGUUGCUCGGGACUUCAUCUGCGAACGCUACCAGGUUGUUGUCAGGGACCAGGACUUCUUACUUCUGGGCCCAAGUGAGCUGGCCACCCUUAUUACCUCAGAUGCCCUCAAUGUGGAACGAGAGGAGCUGGUGUUUGAAUCCCUGAUGGAGUGGGUCAAACAUGAUGAGAAAAACCGAGUUAAGGACCUGUCUGAGCUGCUGCACUGCGUCCGCUUCAGACUCAUGCCUGUGGAUUACUUUAAAGAGAAAGUGGAGCGUCACCAGUACAUACGCUUCAGCCAGGAUCUCAAGAAAGAGAUGGACCUUGUGAAGGAUGCUCACAAGGGGCGUCUCCCGAAGCCCAUGAAGUCCAGCAGCGACGGGGCAAAAAGUGUAGAAGGAAGUGAAGAAGAGGAUGAAGAGGAGGAGGAGGAAGGGUACCUACCAGGGAUUCUCAACAACAACCCUCGCUUUGGGAUGUUCGAGAUGGAACUGAUACUGAUGAUCAGUGACACAGGGACUGUGGCUUAUGAGCCAGUAGGCAACGAAUGCUUUGUGGCGUCAGAGUCAACAGAAAUUCCCAAGAACCAUUGCAGCCUGGUGACCCAGGAGAACCAGGUGUUUGUGGUUGGAGGACUUCUCUACAACGAGGAGGACAAAGAUGAACCCUUCAGCUCUUACUUCCUACAGUUUGACCCGGUGAAAUCAGAAUGGUUGGGGAUGCCGUCACUGCCGAGCCCCCGCUGUCUGUUUGGCCUCGCUGAAGCUGAAAACUCCAUCUUUGUUGUGGGAGGAAAGGAGCUGAAGGAAGGAGAGCAUGCUCUGGACUCAGUCAUGAUCUAUGAUAGACAGUCGUUCAAAUGGGGGGAGUCGGACCCUCUGCCUUAUGAAGUUUAUGGACAUGGAACGGUUUCACACAACAAUCUCGUCUAUGUGAUUGGAGGAAAAUCUGGAAGCAAAAAGUGCAUGAGGAGAGUGUGCGUCUACAAUCCCACUAAGUUUGAGUGGACGGACCUGGCUCCUCUGAAGACAGCCCGCUCUCUCUUUGGUAUCACGGUCCACAAUGAUCAGAUCUAUGUUGUGACGGGUGUCACAGACUCUGGCCUCACCAGCUCUGUGGAGGUCUACGACAUCGCCAACAACAAGUGGUCAGACUUCACAGAGUUCCCUCAGGAGCGCAGCUCUCUCAAUCUGAUCUCGAUGGGGGGUUUCCUGUACGCUCUCGGGGGCUUUGCCAUGAUGCCCUCUGAGACCAGCGAGGAGCCCGUCCCCACAGAGAUGACCGACAUCUGGAGGUAUGAUGAAUCAGAAGAGUGCUGGAAUGGGAUUUUGAGAGAGAUAAGCUAUGCAGAGGGGUCCACUAUUCUUCCAGUGCGUCUCAACACUCUGCGUCUCAACAAGUUAUAACUAAACGGAUGAAGAUUUUUAUGUUACACAAGCAAGAAUCGAAUGAGAAUGAGAGAACCUAGUACGGUCAGUGGGCCAAAAUAAAUUGGCUGAGGGUGCAAAAUGAUGCAGAAAGAGUUGGGAAAGAAGAGGUGACCUAUUGUUGUAUCUUUUAUUCACAGCAGGGGGAGACAUUGCGUGCUGAGUAUAUGAGAGCUGAGGUGAAUGUCAUGAGUUAAAACUUCACUCCAACUGUAUUCUAUGAAAAGCUAAACUGUUCAUUUGUAAAUUUGUCUUUUCUUAUAUUGUUUCUUAAGUUUUCUUUGAUUCCUGUUUUCUUCAUUUAAUGCAAAAUUAAAGAGAGGGUUUGACUUUGUGGCUUUGAGGUGAUGGGUCUUUAUUAUUAGACAGAUCAACAGAGAAAGUGUUCA